AUGUCCGAUACUCAAGCUCCCAAGGAAAAUGGCAUCGCACCAGGCGUCGCGGUAGACAGUCUGAUGCGGCUGCCCACGGAGCUCCAUCUGCAUAUUGCCUCGUAUCUUCCAUACCCAGACGCAUUGGCUCUGAAGCACACCUGCCGCCACUUCUACUCCCUCGUCUAUACGGGCGUGCAUCUCAAGGUGGACUGGCUGGUAGAGCGAUAUGAGAAGAAGCUCGAAUGUCCGAUGGAGAAGUGCUCGUUCCGCACCGACGAAGCGUUCUGCAACUGGCGGAUCAGGAGGAUCAUGGAGCGGCGCAGACGGCAUUUAGAGUGUCGCCCAGGCAGGGGUGGUUGUCUGGUCAUAGAAGGUAGAAGCUGCCAUCGAGGCAUGGUGCCGGUCUGGCUGAAGAGAGAGGGUCGAAUCAAACUCUUGGGGAGCUGGGCUUUUUGGAGACAUGAAGGCUCCCAUAUAAUUGGAGAGAGCGCGUCCUAUCAUGUGACUGACUCUCACAUUUGCCUUAGUGCUGGUCAUAGGCCUGCUUUUUCUCUUCUACACGCUGCUCUGGAACCUUCUUGUCAGUCCCGGCCAUUCGUCAUGCAGACCGUUAAGAUGAACGACCUUCUCUCCCGUGCCUCUAGCUACUUUGAAGGCCCAAUAGUGACCUUCGUUGUCGGUGAUGGCGACUCACGGCGUUUCUGCAUCCAUAGACGAUUAGUUUCCUCCUCGUCAGUUAUUUUCGAGGAUCUGGUCAAUUCAGUCAGUUUCGAGGAUUUGGUCAAGGACUUCAGACCAAAUUAUUCCCCAGAAAUAAGAUUACGAGACGUCUGUCCCAGUGUAUUCGCAAUUUUCGCCCAUUGGCUGUACAAAGGACAAUUCCCAGACGUGGAGGAAGAUGCAUCCACCCCGUCGCUUCUUAGUCUCUACCUUCAAGCCUUUGUGUUUGGCGAUGCGUACUCUGUCCUGCCUUUCAAGCAGUGGAGCUCUGACAAGAUCAAGAAACAACUUUCCAAUCCUGGUUUGCCAGCAAAGAAAUUUGUGAGAGAACUUUUCUCCUACGGGGAGGUGACGAAACCACUCCAGGAAGUACUCGUGGAAGCUGUUACUCUGCAGAUACACGAUCGUACAAUUCCCCAGGAAUCCGACGCUGUGGAGUGGCUGAAGAACACUCGUCACGAGAUCCCCAAAUUCUCUAUGGACGUGGCCGAGUCUUUGACCCGCAGGAUCCUUGGAUCGCCGUCUGCCGUGAAUGCACAGGAUAAUGGGUCCAACUCUGGACUUUUGACGCUGUGCAGCGAAGAUACUGUUAGCGAACAGACUGUCUCUACAUCUACGGUUGACGUUCCAAUGGCCAAACGGGGCACAAAGAGGACUGCUGAUGAUAUGGAAUCCGGCAGCUCGAGUGGAACUAAGGUUAAGAAGGAGAAAUGCCUCGACCAAAGCGACAGUGAAUCGGAGAAGAAAUGA